AUGUCUGGCACAUCCAAACUCUUCGCUGACAUCGAUGCGCAGUACGCCGAUCGAGUGGCCACCAUGUCCGAUGAAGCCAAAAUGCUUGUCGGACUCCCCUACCUCGCCAACACCUCCGAUCUCAUCCGCGCCCGUGCUAAAGCUCGUCGUCUUCAGAGCGAAUACAACAAAACCGGCCCCACCUCCGCCCUCGAUGCUCCUUCCUCCUCCUCCACCCUUGCCGAGGGUCAAAACCUCAUGUCAGACGACCGCAAACGCUUACUCUCCCAACUCCUGGAACUGCCUCCCUCUGCGGUGGAAAAAGUCGAAAUCGAACCGCCCCUCUACGUAGAUUACGGAACCAACAUCAAACCUGAAGGCGCUUUCUACGCCAACUACAAUACAACGAUCUUGGAUUGUUCAGAGGUUAGGUUGGGCGAUGGAGUGUUGUUCGGACCGAAUGUUAGUAUUUAUUGCGGUACACAUAGCGUUAGUGUCAAGGAGAGGAAGGAAGGGUUGGAGAGGAGCUUGCCGGUGAGUAUUGGGAGAGAUACUUGGGUGGGUGGUGGAACGAUCAUUAUGGCUGGGGUGACGAUCGGAAUGGGAUGUACGAUCGGUGCCGGGAGUGUGGUUACAAAGGAUAUUGCGGAUUGGAGUGUGGCUGUGGGAACUCCGUGUAGAGUGUUGAGGACGUUGAGUGAGGAUGAGCGAGCGUAG